AUGGGGAAGAGAAAGUCGUCGAGGGCAAAGCCUGUUGCUAAGAAGCGAAUGGAGAAGCUUGAUACAGCAUUCUGUUGUCCCUUCUGCAACCACGGGAGCAGUGUCGAAUGCGACAUUGACAUGAAGAACAUGAUUGGGAGGCUCUCUGCAGCUGGUGGUGGUGAAGGAGAUGGAGGUGAAGGUGGUUGUGAAAGAGGUGAUAGUGGAGGUGAAAGUGGUGGUAGUAGUGGUGGUGAUGAAGGUGGUGGUGGUUGUGGUAGUGAUGGUGGUGGGGAUGACGAUUGUUGA